AUGUCCCGCCGCCCCGCAGACACGGGUGACAAGCUGCCAACUGAGGAUUUCCAUUUCAUAUCCGCCCUUACCAUCAGUGAGCUAACCCGCCACCAUUGGGCUAUCGCUCAAAGCACAGAUCCCGAUACAGCCAUAGUUUAUGACCACCAGCUCAACGGGAGACAUCGCCCGACUGACUCCGAACUGCGUGGUUCAUCUGAUUCUGCGCGAAUCAUACGAAGUCAUUGGGCUCACCUACUCAUGGAAAAUGACCUCCUCUUCUUCAAGGACGACACACAUAGUCAACCUCGACUGGUUGUCCCCGGCAGCUUAGUCCUGCCUAUUCUAGACGAUCUGCACCGCGAGCUCGGCCAUGUAGGUCAUGUGAAAACGGAGGCUGCGGUGAGGCAACGUUUCUGGUGGCCGCGCCUCAGAGAACAAGUCUCCAUUUUCUGUAACCCCUGCCCCAUGUGCGCCACCUUUAAAGGACCCAACCCCCGACGCCGGGCGCCCCUCCAACCUAUGGCAACAGGAUUCCCAUUUGAACGUGUGGGCAUCGACGUGAUCGGACCCCUGCCCAUUACUCUGACUGGCGACCGCUAUAUAUUAGUGAUGGUUGACUACUUCACUAAGUGGGCAGAGGCAGUCGCCCUCCCACGACAGGACGCAGCCUCAGUCACUACCGCCCUUCUCACCACGUGGAUUUGCCGCUUCGGAGCCCCCAUCUCCUUACAUUCCGAUUGCGGGGCGAACUUCGAGAGCCGACUAGUGCACGACGUCUGUGACCUACUUCAAAUCCAUAAAACACACACCACACCGGCUCACCCCGAAGGGAACGGCCAAGUGGAAUGA